AAAUAUCUGCAGCCAUAUUUGAACAUAACAGCUCCAACCAGAAUCCUCCACGUACACACUCCCAACACUAAAUAAUCACCUGUCCCAAUUUUCACCAAAAAAUCCAUAUCUUCUCCACUUCACGAUUUCAUCUAAAAUCUGAAGGUUAAGAAAAGGAUACAGAACUUUGCCUUUGUUCUAUCAAAGGCGACAUUUUUCAUCCUCCAUGUAAACCCCAGAAUUUUAUUUUAUAAAAAAAUUACCUUUGACAAAGAAUUUUGGGAUUUAUUACUAUAUCGUCCGGCCGAUGAUGUUAAUUCCGAGCAUAAGGUAUUAUCUGUCGGAGCACCCAUCAAUCGUCGGGUUCCGGUGGAGUCACACCCAAUCGUGGGGGUCCACCUGGUCUUUCCUAUUUUCCUCAAUUGCCGCUUAUGUUGCCGUGUCGGUUUUUCUUCAUUUACUUCUUCUCCUGGUGUUCCGCCACCGCCGUCCACUCCCGCUCGGCCCCAUCCCCGCGGUACACUCCCUAAGCAUGGCUCUUAUCUCCGUUACAAUCUUCACUGGCAUCCUCCUCUCCACUGCCGCGGAGAUCCGUGACACACGGUGGUUCUGGCGUCGUUUACGGACGACACCUUUUCAAUGGCUUCUCUGUUUCCCUCUAGGCACACGCCCCUCCGGCCGCGUGUUCUUCUGGUCAUACAUCUAUUACCUCUCGCGGUUCCUCCACGCCGUACGAACAUACUUCACAAUUUUACGCCGGCGAAGACUGUCCUUCUUCAAGCUUUUCAACCACUCAAUUUUAAUCUUCAUGUCAUUUCUAUGGCUCGAAUUUUCUCAAUCAUUUCAAGUGGUUGCAAUUCUUCUCACCACUUUAGUAUACUCCGUCGUGUACGGGUACCGGUUCUGGACGGCGAUAGGGCUGCGGAGUGCGUGUUUUCCGUUCGUCGUAAACUGCCAGAUGGUGUUGUUGAGUUGCAAUCUACUGUGCCAUGUCGGUGUGCUAUUGCUGCAUUUCAUUAAAGGAGGAUGCAAUGGAAUCGGAGCAUGGGUUUUCAAUUCAGUGCUUAAUGGUGCCAUUCUCUUUCUCUUCUUGAAAUUCUAUGUGCAAAUGCAUCUGCAGAAAAGAAAGGCCGGUGCCUGUGCCUGUGCCGGUGGUGGUGAUCACCGCUUUGUGGCGGCGGAAGAGGAUGAACACUUGGAACUGGUCAAAGACAGGGAUAUUUGAUUACUCUUGUUUUUCUUUAGACUUUUGUAAAUUUUUCAGUAGUAGGAAAAAAAUAAUAAUAAUAAAUAAA